AUGGCAGCCGGCGCGGGUCUCUGCCUCAAGCUCCUGCAAUGGUUCAACAGGGGCGUGCAGUUCUGCUGCGCAGGGCUCAUCCUCGCCCUCAACUCGUACUUCAUGGCCGCCAUGUCCAACCACAAGAUCACCAUCCCGACGAACCUGCGGGCCGUUGAGGGCAUCUCGGGCGCCGCAGUCCUCUACACCGCCGUCGGCCUGCUGCUGCUCUGCUGCCUCGCCGGCUUCACCCUGACCUCGUUCAUCGCCAUCGUCCUCGACGUCGCCUUCCUCGGCGCCUUCAUCUACGUCGCGACCGUCUACAAGGACGGCGCCAGCUCCUGCUCCGGAAGCGACGUCAAGACCGUGUUCGGGACGGGUGACGCCAACGCCGAUAUCCAGUCCCCCAAUGACGGUGGCGUCCCGCUGGCCAAGUACAUGACGAUAUGCCGGAUGCAGUCGGCUAUCCUCGCAGUAUCUAUUGUUGCAAUCGUCUUCUUCAUAAUCUCGGCCCUGACGGAGCUCGCCCUGGGCCGCCACCGCAAGAAGGAGCAGCGCUUCGGGCCCUCGCCCGCCAACAACUACACCUCCGGGUACGGCUCCAAGCGGCGCGGCCUCUUCGGCCUCCGCCGCAACAAGGGCACCGGCACCGACGGCCUCGGCGACCCCAACGCCCUGCCCAUGCACACCAGCCCGGACCAGGUCCGCACCAGCUACAACACCGAGGCCACCCGCGUCGGCGAGGGAAGCCCCUACAACAAGUACGGCGAGGCGGGCUACAACGAGCACGGCACCGUCACACAGUCCCACCCGGGCCGCUAUGGCGAUGGCACCUAUAACGUGUAA